GGAUUCUUAGUACUGUCCCCCAAGAGAUAGUAGGUGCUAGGAUUUAAGGGCACUUCUGAGCCCCAUUUCUCUGGCAGGUUCACCGGACCAGGAAGGCUUCUUCAAUCUGCUGAGCCACGUGCAGGGUGACCGGAUGGAGGAGCAGCGCUGUUCCUUGCAGGCUGGGCCAGGCCAGACCCCAGAAAGCCAGGGUGGCCCUGCUCCAGAGAUGGACAAUCUCAUGGAUAUGCUGGCCAACACCCAGGGCCGCCGCAUGGAUGACCAGCGUGUGACAGUUAAUUCCCUGCCUGGCUUCCAACCUAUCGGUCCCAAGGACGGGAUGCAGAAGCGACCUGGGACCCUCAGCCCUCAGCCCCUGCUCAGCCCUCAGGAUCCUGCCGCACUCACCUUCCGCAGGAACAGCAGCCCCCAGCCCCAGACACAAGCUCCUUGAGAGUUCUAGCCACCCUGGGCCUCCCACCGGCCCCUGAAAACAAUAAAACACUUGGCACUAACAACAAA